AUGCCCUCUCCGCCGCAACUUAUCCGGGUUUCAGCCUCCGCGGCCCGCCACUUUGUCCAAUCUCUCCUCCAGAAAUAUAAUGUCCCCAGCCAAAACGGGGCAAUAGUAGCAAAAUGCCUCGUAGAGGCCGAUCUCCGUGGUGUAGACUCCCACGGCAUCAAUCGAAUCCCCUCAUACCUAGCCCGUAUCCGCCAGAGAGUCCUUGAUCCCUCCGUCUCGCCCGUAGUCAACAAAAUCACUCCCGUGGUAACCCAGAUCGAUGCUCAGAACGGCUUCGGCUUUAUCGCGGCCAACGAAGCCAUGAAUACAGCUAUCAAGAUAGCACAAGUCUACGGAAUCGGAAUGGUCUCCGUAAAGCACUCCAACCACUUCGGCAUGUCGGCGUCGUUCGUCCAGCAAGCCAUCGAUGCGGACAUGCUUAGUUUAGUUUUCACCAAUUCGUCUCCCGCACUACCGGUCUGGGGUGGAAAGGAUAAACUUAUGGGCGUAUCCCCCAUUGCAUGUGGUGCGCCCGCCGGAGAAAACUCAAUCCCUUUCAUCCUCGAUAUGUGCCCUUCUAUAGCCGCGCGGGGUAAAAUAUACAAAGCGCUCCGUCGCGGUGAUCAAAUACCGCUAGGCUGGGCUCUUGACAAAGAUGGGUUGCCAACCACCGAUCCCGCUUCAGCGUUGAAAGGCGUAAUGCUACCUAUGGGCGGAGCCAAGGGAUCCGCGUUAUCUAUAAUGAUGGACGUGUUUUCUGGUGUGUUAUCUGGCUCUGCGUUCGCAGGACACGUCAUUAAUCCGCACGACCCAUCUGAACCGGCUGAUGUGGGCCAUUUCUUCGUAGCAAUCAAGCCUGACCUAUUCAUGACGCUAGAGGAGUUCAAAGGGCGGAUGGAUUAUUUAUACCGUCGGGCCGUGGAAUGUGAGAAGAUGAAUGGGGUAGAAAGAAUUUAUUAUCCGGGGGAGAUUGAGCUUCUGACGGCGAAAGAAAGGGAAAGAGAGGGGAUUCCGUACGUUCGGGCGGAAAUUGAGGCGUUGAAUCGCGAGGCGGACUUGGUUGGCGAGUAUCAUCUCAAAGAAUUCGGAUAG